UGGCCACAAAGGACUAUCUGCCAAGUCAGAGGGAUUGCUGAAACACAACUUCAGUCUGGUUUUCUCAUCAGACAGAGAAAGAUUCAUUGUGGCUUGGUUAGCACCAGAGGCUGUUCUGCUGUCCACUCUUGAUUACACUGAGAUUUCCCAAUACAGAAAUAAGGGAGCAUCAAAAGAACGGAGUUUUUUUGUCAUCAGAAUAAUUUUAAAAUGCUGGGGACCAUAACUAUCACAGUUGGACAAAGAGAACCUACAAAUGUGAUUCUAAAAGAAGAGAUAGCUGAAAAUAUGGAGACUACCCAAUCAGAAGCAACUGAUAAAGAUGACAAAGAUGGUGUGAAAGAAGAUCAGAUGGAUGCUCAAGAUGCUACGGAACAGUUACCAUCACCAGAUGAAAAAGUAGAAGAGAUGGAACAAUCCAGUGAACCACAAUCUAAUGAUGUUGGAUUUAAAAAGGUUUUUAAAUUUGUUGGAUUCAAAUUUACUGUUAAAAAGGAUAAGACUGAAAAAUCUGAACCUGUUCAGCUACUGACUGUAAAAAAAGAAGACCUAGUGUCUGCAGAUGGAGCAGGAGAUCAUAAAGAAGUCCAGCUAGAAGAGGUGGAAGAAGCAACACAAAGUGAAGUAACUCAUCCUGUAGAAAAGAUUGAAGAAACAACUGAGAGUGAGGAGAGGAAAGAUGAGUCUCCUCCUGAAAAGCUGGCAGAAAGUCCAAGUGAGGAAGCAGAAGGGAGCAAAGUGGCAGAAGUUAAAAAAGAUCCUAGCAAGUCACCAGAGUCUCCAACUGCAUUAGUUAACGAAACCUCAUCACCACUAAGGAAAUUCUUUACACAAGGUUGGGCAGGGUUUAGGAAAAAGACAAGUUUCAGGAAGCCUAAAGAUGAUGAACAGCAGUCUCCUGAGAACGAAAAAAACGAGCAAGAAAAGGACGGGGCAGAAAUUGCAGUAGAACCAAUUGAGAAAGAGAAAAUUGAGGAAGAAAAGCAAGAACAAGACAAUGAGGUAGUAGAGAUCCCUACAGAAACAAGUGAGAGAGAGAAAACAGAGAAAGAAAAACAGGACCAAGGAAAGGAUGUCACAGAUGUCCCACUACAAGCAAGUGAGAAAGAAAAAACUGAUAAAGAAGAGCAAGAGCAGACAGUAGCAGAGAUCCCCACAGAAGUGAGUGAAAAGGAGAAGAGAAGUAAGAAAGAUGUGCAAGAGCAAGAAAGAGAUGUUGCAGAGACCCCAGAAGAAACAACAUUGAAAGAAGUUACUGUUCUUUCUGAACAGCCAGUUCUACAGGAGACCACUGUAAGUGUCAACAAGGAAUCUGAGGGAUCUUUUGAAGAAAAAAUAGAACAAGUGAAAGAAUAUAAAAUAGCCCUAGAGGAGAAAACUGAAUUAUAUUCUGAGGAGAAAUCUGAACUAGAGGCUCCAUUGUCAACUGAAGUCUUUGCUGAAAAAUCUGAAGGAAAAAUGCAAGAAAAAUCUGAGCCAGUAGCUCCAUUGGCAAUGGAAGUUUUUGAUGAGAAGGUAGAGACAAUGGUAGAAGCUUGUGUUAGUACUGUAGAAGAGAAAGUGAUUAAAGCACAUGAGGCGGAACUAGCCCUUGAUUUAUCUGCAGCUGAACAGAGGCCCUCCUCAGUUCCUGAGCAGUCAUUUGAAGGAGAUACUGACCUAAAGAAAGUCCAACCAACUGAUGAAGUUCUAAAGGACAAAGAAACAGUCUGCAAAAUAGAGAAUGAUCUCAUCAAACAAACAGAACCAGUCUCUGAAGAUGUAGCUGUAUGUAAGCCACCAGAAGGUAUUACAAAUGAGGUUGAAAUGUUGUCAUCACAAGAGAGAGCCAAAGUCCAAGGCAGCCCAUUAAAGAAACUGUUUACAGGUACUGGCUUAAAGAAGCUUUCUGGAAAGAAGCAUAAAGGAAAAAGAGAAGAAACUAAGUUGGGAGAACCAGCAGCUCAAAUUCAGCAUCUGUCUGAUUCUCUAGAAAGCCCAGAUGAGCCAAAAGCAGAGAGCUCAGCCUCUUCCCCUGAAGAGUCAACUGAGAUUCCGUCCGUUGAAAAAGACAUCAAUGCAAUCCGGGCAAGUGAAAAUGAAGAAGGAAUAAUUUUAGACACAGAGCGGAAGAGAGAAAAUGUUACUCCAUGGGCAUCAUUUAAAAAGAUGGUGACUCCAAAGAAACGUAUAAGGAGGCCUUCCGAAAGUGACAAAGAAGAAGAAAUAGAUAAAGGAAAAACUGCCACCCUUUCUUCUACUAAAAGUGAAAAUCAGGAAGAAGCUAAAGAAAACAGUGAGGACCUGAAGUUAGAAAAAAACACAGAAGACCCAAAACGUAAAGUCGAUACUUCAGUAUCAUGGGAGGCCUUCAUUUGUGUAGGAUCCUCUAAGAAAAGAGCUAGAAAAUCAUCAUCAUCUGAUGAGGAAGUAGGACAGAAGCCUGCUCAAGAAGGCCAAAAAAUAGACGAAAGUGGAGAAAACAAAGACACCGCAGCAGACACCAUGCUUACCAGUUCACAGGAAAGCGAUCACGGGCAUGGAGGUUCCUCAGCAGAAGAAACUGGAAGUCCAUCCGAAGGUGAGGGUUUCUCAACAUGGGAAUCGUUUAAAAGAUUAGUCACUCCGAGAAGAAAGUCCAAAACUAAAAUGGAGGAUAAAAAUGAAGAACCUGUCACUGCUGCUAGCAUAGAACAUUCUACUUCUGAUGGGGAGCCUGGAAAGGAAGAGUCUUGGGUCUCAUUUAGAAAAUUAAUGCCUGGCCGAAGGAAGAAAAAGUCAGACGGAAAACUAGAACAAGCUCGUGUUGAUGAAGUUGGAGAAAUAUUAGCAGAAACUGCAGAGGAAGACUCUGAUGUUCCAGCCGUUGUUCCUUUGUCGGAAUAUGAAGCAGCUGAACGAGAAAAAAUUGAAGCCCAAAUGGCAGUCCAAGCUGAAGCAGCACAGGAGGGAACUUUAGAGGAAGAAAAAGCUGAAAAAUUACAAGAUGCCUUAGAAACUGACCAAUCCAAUGAAGGACUUGUUCAUGCAGUUACUGUGACAGUUGUGGAGGGGGAAAGAGCAGUUACCAGUAUUGAAGAAAGAUCACCAUCCUGGAUAUCUGCUGCGGUGACAGAAACUAUUGAACAGGUGAAAGAAGAAGAAAAACCAGCUGAGCAGAUAUCUGAAGCAGAAGUCAUUGUAGAGGAAACAGUAGUGGUUACUAAAACUUUGCCUGAGAUGAGAAAGGACACAAGUGAUGAUACUCUAAUGAGUGAGUUGGAGUUGACUUCAGAAGCUGUUACAGCUCGGGAAGAAGCAACAGAAGUUUCCUGUGCUGAAGAAGCAACAGAAGUGUCUCUUGCUGAGGAGACAACCGAGAUGGUGUCAGCAGUCUCACAGUUACCUGAAACUCCAGAUACUACUGAAGAAGUUACACCUGUGCAAGAGGUAGAUGGCACCGAGCAAAAUUUGGAAGAAUUAAACAAACACACACGAGAAAUUCUUGAGGAAGUUGCAGAAAGAGUUAAGCUGUCAGAUGAAGCACAGGUGAUUAGUGAAGAAACUGUGAUAGAAGUAGUCACUCAGACUGCACAGGAGAUUGGAUUAGAAAUAGAAGAUGAAGCUAAGGAGAUAACACUCAUAUCCCAAGAAACUGUGCUUGUUGAAUGGUCAGUAAAGGAACAGGAAUUUGGAGGAGGUGACAUCCAACCGGAAAGAGAAGCAACUAUUCAAGAAAAAAAUGAAAUGGAAGAAAAUGCUCUGGAGGAAGUGGCUGAGAUAAGUGAAACAUGCGCUGUGAUGAGGGAACAUACAGGAGAAACCACAAGUCUUGAUAUACUGACUGAUGAAAGUCAAAGGCAAGCACCUGACCAUGCAACUGUAGAAAGACAUGAAGAAAUGUCUGAAGAGGUGAGAACACCAGAGACAUCAGACUCCAGAGAAAGAGAAUUUUAUAGUAGCGUCACAAUAACUCCCAAGGCAGAGCUUGAGGUUGAAGCUGAGUAUGUUACUGCAGUAAAACAACAUAUUGCAAAGGAAGAAGAAAAACUGAAUUUAACAGACCUGCCUACAGGUGAGACUGCAGAUGAAGGUGAUCCGAAAGUGGAUGAAGCAAAGGUUGAGUUGUCUGAGGAACUUAAGCAAGUAGUAGACAUCAAGACUAGCUUGGAACCAGAGUGCAGCCAAGUACCUGUAUCAGCAGUCCCUAUGCUAAGUGAUAUAACUGCGGCUGCUGUUCAGUGUGGGAGGGAAGAUGCGACACCCACCUUGGAAUCAAAAGGAAGAGAGGAAACUGUAGCGGAGGCCCUCGUGCAGGGUGAAGUGAUUGAGGCUCCUAUGAAGAAAGAGGAGGAAGAUUCCUUGUUUACUGUAGAAUCAAAAAGCACAGGAGUAAUUACAACACAGCUCCAUAUGCAGAGUGAAGUAACUGAGGUCCCUGAGCAGAGUGAAUUGGAAGAUGCCAGAGCUACUGUAGAAACAACACACAUGGUGGAAACUUCUCCUGAAGCUUCUUUGCAGAGGGAAGUGACUGAGGUCCCUGAGCAGAGUGAAUUGGAAGAUACCAGAUCUACUGUGGAAACAACACACCUGGCAGAAACUUCUCCUGAAGCUUCUGUGCAGAGUGAAGUGACUGAGGAUCCUUUGAAGAAAGAGGUGGCAGAGACUGUGCUUACUGUAGAAUCAGAGCACAUAGAAGCGGUUGUGACAGAUGUCUCCCUGCAGAGGGAAGUCCCUGCGCAGAGUGAGGUGGAAGAUCCUUUCCUUACUGUGGAAACAAAACAUACCAAAACAAUUGUAACGGACAUCCCCACGCAGACUGAAAGAGCUGAGACUGCGAUGCAGAGUGAGGUAGAAGAUUCUUUUCCUGCCUCAGAAUCAAAAUAUUCAGAAACAAUUGCAACUGAGGCCACUAUGCAGACGGAGGCGGAUAAUGCCAUGCCUCCUUUAGAAACAAAAUGCCCAGAAAAAAUAGAAACUGAGUCUGUUUUGCAGAGCAAGGUGGAAGAUGCUGUGCCUACCUUAGAAUCAAAAUGCACAGAAGGAAUCACAGCUGGGGAUUCUGUGCAGAGUGAGGUACCUGAAGUCCCUGUGGAUAGAGAGAGACACAAUGCUUUAGGAUCAAAAUGCAGCGAAGCAGUUGUAACUGAGGCCUCUGUUCAGGGAGACAUAUUUCCUAAAGAAGUGCCAGUUUAUGGAAAGAGAGAAAAAGAGCAUGUGGAAGCAAAACAAAUGCUUUUACAUACAACGAGUUCAAAGGACUGUGAGACUAAGAAAAUUGAAUCUGAGCAAAUGUUGAAAAUGGAAAAAGAUUUCCAUGAUUCUGGAAAAUUGGAAAUUGCACAUGGUGAUACAGUUUAUUCAGUGCAGCAAGAAGUAGUUGAGCCCCAGGAAGAUAUGGGCUCAGCCAUUCCUGAAGUUGAAAGCUCUGAAGCGCAAAAAGCAUCUAUGCCGGUAACAGCUGCCUCAGUUGAAGAGCUUGUAAUUUCUGAAACGGUAAUGCUAAUGGAAACCACAGAUGAAACUGUACAGGCUGUAGCAUCAGUACCUGAAAAACUGACUUCUGAAAUAGUACUAGAUAAAAGCCCUUCUCUAACCCACAUGGAAUGUGAAAAAUUUGAUGGUCAGUUUGUGACUAUAGAAUCUCAAAGUACAAAAAUUGUAUUAAAGAUCAUUCAGACUGCUGUUGACAAACUUGAGAGGACAGAAAAGCCAAUGGCUGUAAGCAUCAUGUCUGAAUCACAGCAGCAGACAGAGUCAACAGACAGAAGCCAAGAAGGUAUAAAUGUAUCUGAAAUACAGAAAUGUGUUCUGGCCGAUCAGCAACUUGCAAAAGGUGAAGAGACAGGAGUGAGCAAAGAACACGAGAUCCAGCAACCAUCUACAAAGGAAAAAGCUACUCUAGAGCGAACAACAGAUGUGCCAGUCACUGCUGAUACAUCUAAAGAGAGAGGCGGUCAGGAUUCAGUAGAAAUUGCAGCCAUCCCUGAAGCGGUUUUAAGUGAAAGUUCAGGCUAUCAAAAGCCAAUAGUAGAAAUUAGUGUUUCAGAAGACUUCACCAAAAAGUCCCUUGAUACAGACCAAUCAGAGCUGAAGAAAAUAGAAGUUAAACAGACAGUGGAAAUCCAGUGUAUACGCCAGCAAAUGCACAUAGAAAGGGAGGAAGAACAUCAUAGCCAGUCAGUGGAAGAUGUGGUGAUGCACGUGGAAGAAGAUGUAAAUAGUCAAGACCCCACAUCUCAUUACCCUGAAAUGAAUCAAAGUCAGAGCUCAUUGGCUUUGACUGACUGACAGGCCUAAUCUGUACUUUUACAUAUUUGCAUUGCAUUUGGAGAGACUAAGCUGUGAAGAUGACAUUAGCCAAAAGUAAAACCUGCUUUCUGAACUUGAAGACCAAUGUUUUUGAACUGGGAAAAUAGACCGUCAAUCUCUGAUGUCAUUCUAGAGAGCAACUGACAAUCCUGAGACAGGAUCAGGAGCUUGAGCCACCACCUUUUACUCUCGGAUGCUAACACUUAACUCUUUUCAAGACUUGUCUUUUUGUUUGGGAAAAAAAUACAAAAAUUGUGACAAUUUCUGUCUGACUGACUUCCAUAGCCUAACCUGAAAAGGAAGCUGGUAAUGCCUAGUUUCUGUUCCACAUUUUCCUCUUCUAACAAGCUUCCAAAACUGAAGUGUAAUUCUUUGCAUAUUUAUAUGUAUAUCUUAAACUUAGUUUGACUUUAACAUAUUUUUCUCUACCUUAGCGUUAAAUACAAUAUGAUGUACACUUGCAUUACACAACGAAUGAGACGCUAAGUGCAUGUGACCAUGGUGAAGCACUGUGAGUGAACUAUGGCAGGCCACAAAUCAUCUGUGUGAAUUUCCACUUAAUAUACACUCAUGCUGUAGUCAAAAGGUGUGACUAGAGCUAAUGCAGACAUACCUGGGCUGGCUUUAUACUAACAAACACAGGCAUUGUUAACAGUCUUGCCAUGGCAGCAAGUGGCUCAAAGAUCACAAAAUGCACCCCAUGCCCUGGGUGAAUUCUUAGGCUGCCAUGUCUACCCUGCUAUACAUUCCUGAGCUUGCUCAUUUUAUAGCUAGGUUAGGUAUAUCUGUGUGAGCAGUCUUCCAAUGGCAAUGGUGACAUACAUUUAAAGGAUGUAAGAAUGGAUAUUUAAGGCAAUACAUUGGUAGCUGUUCUUGCUUCCAUUAAAGAACAUUUGUGGUCAAAAGGUACAAAUUCCUAUUUGGAAACCUGCUGAUGUAAGUUAUUAAGCAGAAAUUAAUUUUGAAUUAUCUCCUCUAAGUACCGGGAGUGAGUGCACUAUAAUUGUAUUGUAUUGAAAACAUUUAAAGUUUGCUUUUUUGCAAUGUAAUAGUUCUAAGAACACCUAGUCCAUAACAAUUCUAUGCUUAUCAUAACAUUUCAAACUGUUCACCAACCCUAAAAUGGCCCUCAUUUGCUCUGCUUAAAUCUGAGACAAAAUAUUGAAAUGUUUUAAUGUUGUAAAGAAAGGAUCAACUUACUUAUUUUUUUUUGCAUUCUAAUGCUACCCUGUGUCCUGGACCACAUAAAUGCUGUGAAAUGAGACUUGUUCUGUAACAAAAAAGGUUUGGUAGAUACUAGAUUAUGCCCACUUUAUAUUUUUGCCCACUUCUUUUCAGAGCAGUGUGUUUCCUAAUGCUCAUGUGCAUUUAGUAAAUUGUGAUUUCUGGGAGUGAUUUAAAUGAAGUCUUUGCUUAUACUUCUGUUUGUUUCAAGACUUAAUAGACCUCCAACACAAUAUUCCUCAUUGCCAGGUACAGUAAACUCUCCGGUAACUGGCACCUUACAAGCCGGCAUGUUCUGUUAACCGGCACGCCAGCCUGUAAGGAAAAGUGAAAUCGGAAGUGCUCACUGUGGCACUUCUGAUUUCUCCGAGCCCGCAUAGCCCGAGUCAAAGCAGCCUGAGCUGCUGAGCCCCCACAUCCUGGGGGCAUAGCAGGCUGUGCAGGGCCCACAGGGCCCAUGGGAGUGUUGGCGAUGCUGUGGGCGGGGCGACGAUGCUGCGGGAGGGGCGGAAGAAGCAGCGGCCCCAACAGGCAAGGACGCCUGUUCGGGCCACUCAGUUAACUGGCAUAUUUUGUUAUCUGGCAUCCCCCAUUCCCGGGGGAUGCCAGAUAACAGAGCUUUUACUGUAAAAAGUUACAAGUAUAGAUCAGCACAGUCACUAAACAGGCCUGGCUUGAAAUAUUAAAUAAUUGAACAAUAAUUAACUGUUGAAAGCAUUCUGUACUUGACCUUCUAGGUACUGAAUAUGCAUAGUGGGCAAGUCCAUACACUUUUUGUUCUGAUUUCUAAAAUGUUAUACUUUGCACUUUGUAAACUUCACGCCAUUCAGGUUGAGCAAGAUGUUAACCAGUAGCUUCACUGUCCUACCUGUAUAGUAAUUUAUUUUAAAAUGAGCUUUUUCAGUGUACCAAAUGUUCUUGUUAUGGCAGGUGCUUGCCUCUCCCAGGGGCUGCACGGUGAGCAAGCAAAAUUUGACUCAUUGCACUGGUGCAAUUGCACCAUCUGGUGGUGGUUUUCUGUAACUUUUAUCUUAUUACUCAGAAAAAAACUAUUAGCCAACUAACUAAUUCACUGCUUGCAAGUGGACAUGGUGGGUGUCUCCUAAAAUUUGUAUAGAACCACAUCUUGCACAACCUUUGCUAAUAUAAGAUGCCUUGAGCCAGAAAGUUUUUAUGCAACCAUUUCAUUCUAUUGCCAAGGGAAGAACCUAAACAUAGAUUCUUGGUUUAUGCAGAUUACUGUGGAAAGUGCUCAAACAAUCGCCACAAAGUAUUGGAGUAGGACAGUAUUGGUCAUCAGGAGUUAGUAACACAAACUGUUAAUCAGUGUCUGCAGUAGUCUCCAUCUAAGUGGUCAUAGUUGUUCUCUGAACAUUUUGAGGGAGGUAGACUUUGUACUUUAAAAAGCAAAAAUUAUAAUUUUUGUCAUUUUUCCAUAUCUCACUUCAUGGCUCCCUGCUGUUCUCCAUGGAACAGAGCUUAAAUUAUUGAACCCAUGAGCUAGUAGAAUUAAUUAAUUUUAUCUGCUUGCUUUUCUCUGAAAAAAAAAAUCUGCCUUUUCCUUCCUGCUGAAGGUUUUAACCAUGGUUUAAUAUUACUUGAAACCUAAACAUGAAAGGCUGUCUGUGCUGAGAUAGGAGCCGGUCUUUAUUUCGUAACUUGUACCACAGACAUGUGAUGUUGCAGUAAAAAAGAUCUAAUUUUAUAUAUCUUUAUACUAACUCUAAAGAGCAACUAAAUACUCAGAAUCUUUCAAUUCUUUUGAUGAAUUCCAUCAUAGUUAACAGAGUUCAAUCAUGCAUGUGAGAUUAGGGGCUCCAUAUAAAUGUUUCUUCGAGAAUAUCUGAUAUUGGACUUUAAACAAAUGUGUAUCUACUCUCCAUUAUAAGGACUUUGACCUGCUACCACACCAGGGACAUAUACACAUAUAUACAUAAUAUGCAGAUUUUAGAAAGAGGCACAUGUCAUUAAUAGGCUGGAUUCUGGAAAGACUCUUGAAAAGACAAGUCUUUUUACGUACGGAAAAGGUCAGCUAUUCACUACAAAAAAACUGGCGGUCAGUGGCAUGACUGGUCCAUGACCUAUAUUAGCAGAGACAUGAUAACCAGAGUUCUCACAAGAGUGGCCAAAUAUAAAGACUUUUCUUACCUCACAGCAAAACGUAUAUGCAUUUAAAAUUGACUUCAAACGAUCCUGACCAUCUUUGUCCAUGAUUAGUGGCAGCUUUUUCCCUUGUCUUUGGAUAAUUCUGAUAACAGCUGUUGGUUCUCGGAGGCUAGGUUGCUUGCAUUAAUUGUGCUCGUUAUAACACCAUGCAAAUGUGAAAUUGGUUUAAGUUUGUACAAACUGCAUACCUAUGUAUGGCAAGCCAUAUUGCAAUAACUGCAACAGGUAAAAGGAAAUACUAGCAUGACCUAUGUAAUCCUGAUUCUAAUGUUUGUAGUUCCAAAGCUGUUAAUAAUAU